AUGGGGAUGCUCGCCGCCACCGCAGCCUCCGCUCUCCUCGCCUCGCCACAGGAGUCCCUCGUCCGCCGCCGCCGCCUCUCCGGCGCGUGGACGCUGCGCCUGAGGCCCGCUGCCUCCCUCGGCGUCGCGUCGCUCAGGGUACACAAUUUUGUCCCGAAGUGCUACAUUACAAACAUUGAGGCUGAUGUUAGUACUGUAAAUAAAGAAGAAACUUUCGAUGAUCACCCAUCAUUGCCAUCAGUAUGCUCCAUUCCCGUUGUUAAUCUUCGAGGAGAUGUUCUAGAUUCUAGUCCUUUUCCGCUGCAUGAUAGGGCUUCCUGUCCUUCUGAUUUUGAAGAGUUGCCGGUCUUGUCUGAAGGAGAGCAACAUACUUUGGCAUCCACUCCUGCUCAUCCUGCUGGGCUAUAUGCUCUAUAUGCUAGUUACUUAUUUGGUAACUUGGUGGAACAACUGUGGAAUUUUGCUUGGCCUGCUGCACUGGCAAUUCUUCAUUCAAACCUAUUGCCUGUGGCUAUUGUUGGUUUCUUCACAAAGCUUUCAGUGUUUGUUGGGGCUCCAAUAGUUGGCAAACUUAUGGAUCAUUUCCCUCGAAUACCCAUGUACACAGCAUUGAAUGCUGUGCAGGUAGCCACUCAGUUAAUAUCAGCUGCAACUGUCAUCUAUGCUCUAAGAAACCUGAGCCAUGGUUCUACAACAGCUGUGGUUCUGAGACCUUGGUUCAUUGCACUAGUGGCAGCUGGAGCUAUCGAAAGGCUUGCAGGAUUGGCGCUAGGAGUUUCCAUGGAGCGUGACUGGGUUGUGUUGUUAGCAGGAACAAACAGGCCUGUUGCAUUAGCUCAAGCUAAUGCUGUGCUCAAUCGACUUGAUCUAGUUUGUGAGACAGUUGGUGCUUCGGUUUUUGGCCUUCUUCUGUCCAGAUACCAUCCCGUGACCUGUUUGAAGAUUGCUUGUGGUCUAAUGAUAUGCAGUUUCCCUGUUCUGGUCAUGUUGGGUCAACUAAUCAAUAGAGUUUCAUGCCAUGCACUUGAUUCCUCUAGAACCGCCACUGAUGAAUCUAUUUGUACUGAUCUUUUAGAUGUACGCAGGAUAGUUCAAAAUAGCUUGAGUGCUAUCAAACACGGCUGGAAUGAGUAUAAGCAGCAAACAGUUCUACCUGCAAGUGCAGCUACCGUGUUCCUAAAUUUCAAUGUUGCACUUGCUCCAGGUGCCAUAAUGACUGCAUUAUUGAUGCAUCGUGGUAUCAGUCCAUCCAUUGUUGGUGCUUUCAGUGGAUUGUGCUCUAUCAUGGGCCUUGUUGCAACAUUCAUCUCCUCAAGCCUGGUGAAAAGAGUUGGAAUUCUAAAGGCGGGGGCUGCUGGAUUGAUAUUUCAAGCUUCACUCUUGUCAAUUGCACUCACGGUGUAUUGGGCUGGUUCAAUUUCACAAAGGACACCUCUACUUAUAUUCCUAGCAUCCAUUGCAUUGUCUCGGUUGGGGCACAUGUCUUAUGAUGUUGUGGGGACUCAAAUCGUCCAGACAGGUGUUCCUGCUUCAAAAGCAAAUCUAAUUGGAGGAAUGGAGGUUUCAAUUGCAAGCCUUGCAGAGUUAGUCAUGCUUGCUAUGGCUAUAAUUGCGAACGAUGUCUCCCAUUUUGGCUUCUUGGCAAUCCUGUCUGUGUCAUCAGUUGCUGGGGCAGCAUGGAUGUUCUGUCGGUGGUUAACAAAUCCAACAGAUGAGCAGAGGGAACUAUUCAUGUUUGAUCCCCUUUAUCAAGUUCAGGCAACGGGUGCUGUGGUGUAG